AUGGCAAAGGCUGUAAUGCUACGGUGCAACCUGCUUUGUUUAUUAACUCUUUUACUUUGUUGUGAUUGCGGAUUGGUAUGGGGUGAACAAAGCGAAAGUACUAUGGAGGGCAACGGUAAGGUCGUCGUUUGUGUUCCUCCUUCUGAAGAAAUUCGUCUUGAUAAUGGAACUCUUACGUGUUGUGUCCCCAAAGUAGUGAAGACCCAAGAACCUCACGAGACCCAUGCCGUGGUGAGACAACAAGAAGGACAACAGAUGGAAGAAAACAAACCGAGAGACGCUGAAACAGACACCGGGAGGGAAUCACAUCCGGAUACACAUCAACCCACAAAUGGAGAGAACACAAACUCAACAGGAUCAAGUGCUAAUGAAGGGAAAGAGACAUCUGAUAAUGCACUUCCGAUAACACCUGAGACUUCUUCCAACACUUCACCCUCACAGAAUGCAGGUGAGUCUGGAGCUGCAGAGACUGGACCAACAAGUAACCCAAAUGAUGCAGAAAAUGCAAAUACAACCACUACAACCACCAACACAACAACAACAACACUUCCUCCUGAACUCACAAACAACAAGAAGGGUGAUGCAGACAGCAGCAGCAGUAUCAGCAGUUCUGUGUGGGUGCGUGUACCACUACUGAUUGUGGUUACACUGGCCUGUAUUCUUGUGUGCUGA